GCAGUGAGCGGCGGAGCGGCGGGGCCGCCCUCGGCCCCCGGCCCGCGCCUGCCCCCGGCGCCGCCGCCCCCCCGCCCGCCGGGGCCCGCGCGCAUCGGCUACUACGAGGUGGAGCGCACCAUCGGCAAGGGCAACUUCGCCGUGGUCAAGCUGGCCACGCACCUGGUCACCCGCGCCAAGGUUGCUAUAAAGAUCAUCGACAAGACGCAGCUGGAUGAAGAGAACCUCAAGAAGAUUUUUAGAGAAGUUCAGAUCAUGAAGAUGCUCUGCCACCCCCAUAUCAUCCGAUUGUAUCAGGUUAUGGAGACGGAGAGAAUGAUUUAUCUAGUGACAGAGUACGCUAGCGGAGGGGAAAUAUUUGAUCACCUAGUAGCCCAUGGGCGGAUGGCAGAGAAAGAAGCACGGAGGAAAUUCAAGCAGAUCGUUGCUGCAGUCAACUUUUGUCACUGCCGUAACAUAGUACACAGAGACCUGAAGGCAGAGAAUUUGCUCCUGGAUGCUAACCUUAACAUCAAAAUAGCAGAUUUUGGGUUCAGCAACAUCUUCACGCCUGGCCAGCUGCUUAAAACCUGGUGUGGGAGUCCUCCUUACGCUGCCCCCGAGCUCUUCGAAGGGAAGGAAUAUGAUGGGCCCAAGGUUGACAUCUGGAGCCUGGGCGUGGUCCUGUACGUGCUGGUCUGCGGUGCCCUGCCCUUCGACGGGAGCACGCUGCAGAAUCUGCGGGCGCGGGUGCUCAGCGGGAAGUUCCGCAUCCCGUUUUUCAUGUCCACAGAAUGCGAGCACUUGAUCCGCCACAUGCUGGUCUUGGACCCAAGUAAGCGACUCUCGAUGGAACAGAUUUGCAAACACAAGUGGAUGAAGCUUGGGGAAUCGGAUGCAGAGUUUGACAGGUUAAUAGCAGAGUGUCAGCACCUGAAGGCCGAGAGACAGAUGGAGCCGCUCAACGAAGACGUACUGUUGGCAAUGGCAGACAUGGGGCUGGAUAAAGAACGCACAAUACAGUCACUAAGAGCUGAUGCCUAUGAUCACUACAGUGCAAUCUACAGCCUGCUCUGCGACCGACUGAAGAGACACAAGAACCUGCGUAUUGCCGCCCCUCCCAGCAUGCCACGGACCUUGGCAUUCCCCACACCAGCAAACAUCCAGGCAGAGCAGGCAGGCAACCCAGUGAGCAUCAACGUCCCACAAGUCCAGCUUAUCAACCCUGAGAACCAGAUCGUAGAGACUGACGGAACAAUGAACUUGGACAGCGAUGAAGGGGAGGAGCCGUCCCCAGAAGCCCUGGUCCGCUAUCUGUCCAUGAGAAGGCACACGGUUGGAGUGGCUGACCCACGCACGGAAGUCAUGGAAGAUCUGCAGAAGCUCCUGCCGGGCUUCCCACGCAUCACCCCCCAGGCUCCAUUCCUGCAGGUGACUCCGAACAUGAACUUCAUGCACAACAUCCUGCCUAUGCAGAGCCUGCAGCCCACAGGCCAGCUGGAGUACAAGGAGCAGUCCUUGCUGCAACCCCCCACGCUGCAGCUGCUUAACGGGAUGGGCCCUCUGGGCCGACGGGCAUCUGAUGGAGGAGCCAACAUCCAGCUGCACGCCCAGCAACUGCUGAAGCGUCCCCGUGGCCCGUCCCCACUCGUCACUAUGACGCCAGCGGUACCAGCAGUUACCCCAGUGGAUGAGGAGAGCUCUGAUGGGGAGCCUGAUCAGGAAGCUGUGCAGAGAUACUUGGCAAAUAGGUCAAAAAGACACACUCUGGCACUGACCAACCCUACAGCUGAAAUCCCUCCAGAGUUGCAGAGACAGCUAGGACAGCAGUCUUUCCGAUCCCGGGUUUGGGCUCCACAUCUGGUACCCGAUCAGCACCGUUCUGUUUACAAGGACUCAAACACCCUGCACCUCCCCACGGAGCGCUUCUCCCCGGUUCGCCGCUUCUCCGACGGUGCCGCCAGCAUCCAGGCAUUCAAAGCCCACCUGGAGAAGAUGGGCAAUAACAGCAGCAUCAAACAGCUUCAGCAGGAGUGUGAGCAGCUGCAGAAGAUGUACGGGGGGCACAUGGAUGAGCGGACGCUGGAGAAGACGCAGCAGCAGCACAUGUUGUACCAGCAGGAACAGCACCACCAAAUUCUCCAUCAGCAGAUCCAGGAUUGCAUCCGCCCGCCUCAGCCAUCGCCGCCUUUGCAGGCUGCCUGCGAGAACCAGCCCGCUCUGCUCACGCACCAGCUCCAGAGGUUGCGGAUCCAGCCAUCGAGUCCACCCCCGAACCACCCUAAUAAUCAUCUCUUCAGACAGCCAAACAGUAGCCCCCCUCCUGUGAGCAGCGGCAUGCUGCAGACUCACGGUGCAGCCUCCCAGUCCCAGUUCCAGGGGAUGCCUUCCCACAACGCAAUCUUCCAGCAGUCAGGGAACUGCUCUCCUCCCCCCAACAUGGCGCUGACGUGCAUGGGCAUGCCGCAGUCGGCGCAGCAGCAGCAGGUCACCAUCCAGGUGCAAGAGCCUGGUGACGUGCUCAGCAGCAGCCUCCUGCAGGGAGCGGCAGUGGCAGGGCAGGGCAUGCCCUCUCACCCCCGAGCCAUGGCCAUCAACCCAAGUGCCAAUCAGAUCCAGAUGCACCAUCGCGCCAACCUGAUAGCCUCGCUCGCCUACGGUCACCGGCCACUGUCCAAGCAGCUCAGUGCCGACAGCGCCGAGUCGCACAGUCUGAAUGUGAACCGGUAUCCCCCCACGAACUACGACCAGGUGCACUUACACCCCCACCUGUUCCCCGAGCAGUCCCGCGUCUCUCCCAGUAACUACAGCCCGUCAGCGGGGACGGGGUUCUCCCCCGCGCAGCAAGCCCUCAAAGUCCCUCAGCUCGACCAGUUCCCCAGCUUCUCUCCAAGCGCGCAGCAGCAGCAGCACUACACAGCAUCAGCACUACAGCAGGCCCUACUGUCCCCGACGCCCCCGGAUUACAGCCGACACCAGCAGGUACCACACAUCCUCCAGGGACUGCUCUCCCCCCGGCACUCACUCACGGGGCACACGGACAUGCGGCUGCCCCAAGCAGAAUUUGCACAGCUCAUCAAACGGCGGCAGCAGCAACAGCAGCAGCAGCAGCAAGAACUGCAAGAACUGCUGAGGCACAUGAGCCAAGGCGACGCGGGGAGCAUGGGCGCCAGCCUGGGACAAAACCUGCCGGAGCGUCAGUCGCUGUCUUUGCCUUACCAGAACGCUGACGCGUACCCGCCGCACAGCAGCCCCCAGCAUCUCCUAAAAAUCAGGGUGCAAGAAUGUAUCCAGCAGGUCCCUGCGUCAGUGCCGCACGGAUACGCGCACCAGCCGGCCCUGGUCCAUUCGGAGAGCAUGGAGGAGGACUGUGCCUGCGAAGGGGGGAGGGACGGCUUCCCCGACAGUAAGAGUUCCAAUGCGCUGACCAAAGGUUGCCACGAGAGCCCACUGCUCUUAAACGCGGGAGGACAGGGGGACCCAGACUCUGUGCUAGGAACUGCUAGCCCCGCACAGGAGCUGGGGACGCACCAUUACAGACACCAGCCAGCGGCCGGGUUCAGUAGGAGUAAGGUACCCAGCAGAGAAUCCGUCGUAGGGAACUGCCUGGAGCGGAGCUCUCCUGCACAAGCCAUGGAGAUGCCCGAUCACAACGGGUUGAGCUAUUCUGCACGACCAGCCGCCUCUGAGCACCCCCGGCCCCGGACCCUGCAGAGACACCACACCAUCCAGAACAGCGAUGACGCCUACGUGCAGCUGGACAACUUGCCUGGAAUGAGUUUGAUGGCUGGGAAAGCACUAAGCUCGGCCCGGAUGUCCGAUGCGGUACUCAGCCAGUCGUCGCUCAUGGGCAGCCAGCAGCUCCGCGACAGGGAGAGCGAGGACUGCGGGGAAGGUUUGGAAGAUGAAGAGCACCCAAAUCUAGCUGAUGGCAGCCAGCAUUUAAACACCUCUUGUUAUCCAUCAACGUGCAUCACAGACGUGCUGCUGAGCUACAAGCACCCCGAGGUGCCCUUCGGGAUGGAGCAGGCUGGGGUGUAACACAGAGGAGGGAGUCUUGUGUACAGCUUUGAAAUGAAAAGGUCCAUUUUAAACCAACAGUAUCUAGCAGCGUCGCGCCAAAUCGCCAUCGUAUUUCUGCCCAACUGAAAUAUCGUGGCUCCCUUCCUCGCAGCCGGUCCGGUCCCUCCGUGUGUCCUCCCUUCGGUUUCUUUGAUUUGCCAUGUCUGCCUGUCACUCCAGCCGUCACGGAGAGCACCAGCGAGCUCCGCGCAGGGAUCCCAGGAGCUGGAGCUUCGCGCUUGGUUCGGAGGGCUGCGAGGGGCGAGGCGCUCGUGGGCAUGGAGCCGGGCCCUCCCUGCACCCGACUCUGCUUUCAGCCCCAUCAGACGCCGCCUUUUCCCAGGAGUGAGGGGGGAGAGGCUGGGCCGGAGCCUGCCCCGAGGGAAAAGGGGCAGGGUGGCCUUUGGGAGCUGUGUCCGUCGGAGAGCAAUAAGCGCAGCUCCCGAGCGCCGAGCCGCCGCUGCGUUGGUCCUUCCAGGUGUCCGGCAGAUGCCGCGUUGUGCAGAAAGACCCGCGGGAGGCCGGCGGCCGGGGCAGCGCUCCACAUGUGACUCCUUCGUCUCCAAAACGAUAGCGGGGCCCGGAGCUGCCCUGCUGCAAGACUGGCGCCAUCUCCCUCCCCGCAGCGCCAGCCUUCCCCGCGCGCUGAGCCGGGCGGGGGUCCGGCCCGCGGCCUCCCGGCAGGUGGAAGAACACCCAGCAGUGGUGCAAUAUGCUUUGUGUCUCCUUCGUUUGCUUUCGUUUCCUUUUUCUGUCCUCAUGCUGAAAGGACCGUUUCUUUCCCCCCCUUUUUAUACCUCUUCCUCUCGAGCCCACGUGCAGCCUUCCAGUUCUUUUCCGUUUAGCACAGAGAAGACAGGUCGUUUCUCUUUGCUCCAUGAGCUUCUCUUCCUGAUCACGUAGGAUUUUUUUGGUAAAUGUUGUUUUAUUAUUAUUGUUGUUGUUGUUGCUGUUGUUAAUAAAAAGGCAAAAGGAAUUUGUUUGAGAGAAAUUUUUAACUAGAUUCUGUUCUAUUUGAAUUGUGACUUGCACCUUUUGUUCAAAGUAUUUUAUUCCCUUUCAACGACAUUGUACUUGUGACUGGUUUUCCUCCCGUGGCGGACGUGGUGUUCUCCUGUAGACAGUUUCGGGCGUGCAGAGAGCUCUUCUUGGUCGUUCCCUUUCUUUCUUGGACCGAUAGUAACCAAAGCCCCCUCCGGCAGCGGGGGGCACGGGGAGUAUUGUGUGUCAUUGUUGCCUUCGGACCUUUUACAAGCUACAGCUGAAAAUUCCUGCGAGUGACGCUGGGGGGGGGGUGGGAUUUUUGUUUGAGGAAAGUAAAAAUCAAUGCAGCCCUCCUGAAUUUGCACAGAAGGAAGUGUGAGACCGGCGUGGCCAAGGGGAGCGGGCUGCGGUCGCCAUCCUGCCCCGCGGGAGCCGUGAGGAGUGGACCCGCGCCCAGGAGAGGAGAGGCUGGCGCCCGUGGGGACCAGGCCUUCCGGGCAUCAUCCUGCCCCAGCCCGGUGCCACCGUCUCCGUCCGUGCACAGCUGUACAGUUGCGCUUCCUACUCCGGGGACACGUAGGGGGUGGGCAGGGGCCUGCCGGCGCCCAGCGGGGAGGUACCGAGAAACGCUGCGAGCCUUUUUGCCAUCGCUCUGUACCUUUUGGUUUGUUCUCCUUUUGUUUACAUGACACUGUAUUUCUGGGAGAGCGGAGAGCGCCCCGCGGUGACCAUCCAGCCGAGAAGCAGGGACUCGCCGAACCGUGCCAUUUCGCAGUAUCACACUUUUUUUAUCAUGGCUUUGUAUUGUAGUGAUCAAUACGCGCAGUAUAUGUUGAAUGUAUAUUAAUAUACUUUGCUAUUAUUUCUGUUUUUUGGAAAUGUCAGAAGUAUUUUUCUUCUUCAUUUACGUUGGACUAAAACCGAACGGAACAGAACAGGCGUUUCAGUAAACCUUUAGUCCAUUUUUUUGUGGGUCACUUGCAACUAGUAACUUAGUUGGACAGUGGGAUCAUGACAAAUAAAACCAUGAUUAUGAUCUUA